UUUUUAAACUCGUGCAUUAAAAUAUUGCAGACGGCCAAAGACCAAAGAACUGAUGUCGUGAAGUGCCACAAAGCAACCCGCCUUUUUCCUCGAAUCGGCAACCAUGCGGUUUGUAAACAAAUAUUGAAAUAAGCAGAUCUGCGAUAUGGAGAAGAUGACUGAUUCAAACAAUAAGGAGAAGCAGUUGAAAUACCAACAGUGGACAUCCAAGUAUAAAACCAAAAAGAACAACAAUGAAAAGACAGAUUCUUUACCAAAGAGGGAUCCAAACAGUCAAAAUCCUGGAUACGAUUCAGACAAAGGUGGUAAUGGAAUAGGAAGUUGGCCUGAUUGUACAGGUGACAAUACUGGUGACAAUGGUGAAUAUCCAAAAAAUCUGUCAAAACAGUUCAGAAGGAGAAUACUAAUGAAGUUAACGAGGGUCAAAGGCAAUACAUCAUCUGAAUCAGCUAAUGAACAAAAAUUAGAAACUAAAGGUACAUUUAGUGAACAAAAAUUAGAAGCAAAAGGUGCAGCUGAAUCAGUUAACAAAAGUAUAUUGGAAACACUUUUAACUGAUAAUGAAAGUGAAGAACCGGGUGUGGAUGAGCAGAAAAAAAUAAGAAACAAUGAUUAUGUUUGUGUUUAUAGUGCCAGUGAAAGUGAUAAUGAUGACUGUGGGAGACAGAAGUUAAACUUACUGAUUAAAAAGUAUAAAACUUCUGGCCAUGGCAAUUUAGAUAUUAGAAAGUUUAAGGAUGUAGGAAUAUCAAAUAGAUUGGAAAGGGAGUAUAGAGAGAGAACUUCUGAUGGCGAAGGUGAAGCAAAAUUGAAAGUUGGGCAAGACGAGAAAUUGUGGAAUCGAUUCAAGAAAGUAAAGCCAAAUUAUUUAAAAGCUACUCAAAGAUGUCAGAAAACAAAAGAUUUUGUUCAAAGGUCUAAAUUACAAUUGUGUGAAAGUGAUCCAGAGAUCAGUGAAGAAGACAGUGUAAUGUGUAAUGCUUAUGCUGGAGUACAAAAGAAGAAAGCUAGAAAUAUUCAGUGUGAACUAUGCCAGGAGAUGUUUUAUUCAGAUGGCAAGUUGGAUGAUCAUUAUAUGACGCAUUUCAAAACCAUUAAAGGAUUAAAUACAUUUCUUAACAAGAAAAGAAAGCGUAAAGUUUCACUAUCAUGUACUCAGAGGAACAGUCAUUCGAUUUUAAAACAUUCCAAGAAAAAGAAAUCUGGUGUCAAGAAAAAAGUGAUGUUUGAAAUGGAUGUUGAUGAAGGUGUUGAUUGUAGGUCACCUGAGAUAAAUGGUUCUGAAAUAUCAGAUUUUUUGUUUGAGAAAGAAAAUGGUAAUGAAACAGUAGGUAAAGGACAACUAGUGAAGAUGGAUACCCAACAAAGGAAGCCAAAUAUAAAAAAUAAAAGAAAAAAUCAGAAGAAAAAUGAGAUAGGACUGAAAUUAAAAGUUGGAACUGUUAAGUCUGCCUCUGUCAACAUGAAUAGAAAUACGUCAGUCAGUGACACGAGACCUGAGAAAUUAACUUUUGAGGUAGAUGGGAAAAGAAUGUAUUGUGAUCAUAAAAUAGACAUUGCAAGAUCAUGUUUGCUCAAAGAUGUGAAAAUCAUGUUAAACCAUUUUACCCUCAAUUUGGUGAAUGAUAGUUUGCAUGGAAAUGAUAAGUGUAAAACAAAAAAGAGAGAGAAAGCUACAAACAUAGCCAAUUGGUCCGUUUUACAAAAUCAGCAUAAAAAACAGACAGGAAUCGAAUCAACUAAUGUGCUUGGUGUUAACGAAGAUCAAAAGGAAAGCAGCUUGAAAUUGAAGUUUCGGAAAGAAAACAAAUAUGAGCUUAGUGUAAAAAAGAAUAGAACUAAUCAGAAGCAUGUUCAAAGUAUGGUCUCAAGCAUGAAAUUGAAUAGUGAAGUGGGUAAAUUGCCUGAAACAAUAAAAGACACUGCUGGAAACUUUACAAGUGCAACAAUACCUGCAACGAGUGUUCCCAGUUUAUUAGAACAAGGUCCAAAUAAAAGUUCUAAAUCAUUACAAAAAGUCCAUAGUAGGUCAGAUGAGAACACUAAACCACAAAAAUGUGUUCUUAAUUUAGACAAUAUCAAAAAGGAUUUAUUAGGCUGGACUAAAGAAUUUGAGAGAAUGAAAUCAAUCACUGAAAAUAUUGCCGCCAAUUCUCGGUUAUUGGACACAAAUAGAGAGGAUGAUACAGGUAUUGAAAUUAAAUUUAAGGACACUGUUGAAAAUAAAAGAGGGAGAAGCACAGAAAAUAUAACCACUGAUAAAACUGAAAGGAAAAAGGGCGUUACUGCUGUAAAAGAGCAUUCUAUAGAAGAAGAAAACGUACCACUGUCUUCCAAAUACCCAGCAGUCUAUUGUGAAAGAAACUUUGAUGGUGCCGAUGAAGAACAAAAAGGAAACUUUAUUCAAGACAAUGUAUCAGAGGAGUGUAAGAUUAAUAAACUGACUGAUUUUUUACAGAGCAAAACUGAAAAGUAUAUAUUGCAAUCAAGAACUUAUUUAAAGUCGCCUCAAAUAUUUGAAAACACAGUCAAGAAUUCAUGUAAGAAAGAAAAUGAUGUGGCAAAAAGUAGGUGUAGAAGAAUUAGGAGAAAGGUAGAAGAUAAAAAAUCAAGUAUGGAAAGAAAAAUGUCUAACCAAAAUGAACACAAUAUUGAUGAUUAUAUAGAGUCUAGAGGAAAUGAAAGCAAAAUUAAGUUAGUAAAGACAAGAAAGAAACACAAGGCAUUAAGUAAAGAAUGUAUAUCGUCAUCGGAUUGUACUGAUCAUGAUGAUGACAAUGAAGUAAUAGAAGGUACUGACUCAGAAAAUGUCAAUUCAGGUCAAGCAAAUGAUAUGUCUCGAAGAGGUAUCAUUUCAAGCAGAACCAAGGAAAAGAGAAAGGAUGAUCGACAACAUGAGGUUCAAGGAAACCUUGAGAAAAUGAAGUUAUGUGUCAUUUCAAAGGAAAGAAUCGACAUUGAUAAGCCAACCCAGUGCAUCCCUGGUGAUGAAAGCUAUGCAUCUGUAACCAACAUAAAUGAGCAUAAAUUGGUCCAUCAAGAGUUGCAAGCAAAACAACAGCUUGGUGAAUUUAAUAUAAACAAGACAGUAGAUGUCUUAAAAGAUGAGUCACAUGUUUAUGAUGGUGUGCUGGAUGGUGGUUCUCUUUUGCUUGAACCUUCAGAAGAUGACAGCCACAGAUUACAGGAUACUUGUUAUGAUGACAUUCUGAAUGAAUUUGCAGAGGAAGUUGGCAUUGUUCUAAACUCUCCGGAUGAUGCAGCGCUGAUGUUCGAUGAAAAUGCACUGUAUGAAAAUUUGGAAAACUUAAGUUUAAAAGAUUCUUUAAGUUGUGAUGAUUCUGCUUCGUCUGUAAACGAAGAUGAUAUGGAAAUUGCUGAAAGUGUUGUAAGCCUUGGUUCACAGACUUCAGGAGAUGCAUUUGUCAUAAGCUGUGAAAGCGAAUCAACGACAAAUAGAACUAAUAAUCUUGAUGUUAUAAAGAAAAGUGCCUUUAAAACUGAUGGCUCUGAACUAUCACCUGAAAUUUUGAGUUCCGAAAUGCAGGUAAAUUUUGUUAAUGGAACUGCAAUAGAUAAUGAAUUAAGUCAAAAAGAACUUAGAAAUGUUGGUAAUGAAAACAAUGAUUUUGAAACUAAGAAUGUGAAACUAGAUGAUCAAUGUGGACUAGACAGUUUAAUAAGCUUGGAGAAGAACUCUUUGAUUGUUUCACAUACUAGAAAUGAUGAAGAAGGGAGAGAAGCUUUUGUCAAACAAGGAUGUGAUGAUGAGAAGGAACAUAAAAGUAUUUUCAAGCAAGAGACACAAUCUGAGAUGUUUGAUAUAAAUCAUGAGAGGAUCAUCAAACCUGUUGCGAAAGAACAGGCAGUGGGUAUACUCGAUGAAAAAAUGGAUAAUGAAAAUACAUGUUCUAAAAAUUUCAAAAUGGAACAAAUGGCAGAAUCAAUGGAUAGUCUGAAUUCACAUAGCAGUAUUCAGAAUUGUACAAAUACAGCCUUAUUACAUGGCAUAGAUAAAGUGAAAUUUGGUGCAGAAAAAGUCAACAAAUUUUACAGGUGUGAUGCAUGUAAAGCACUGUUUUAUGGUGUUACAAGGAAUGAUUUAAUGAAGUGUCUGACUUGUAAAGAAAAAGAGUCCAAAAAAGAUAAUGAAUUGGAUAACUGCAAAGGGAAAGAAACAGGAAGUAUGAGAUUUGAAAAUGAAGAGAAAUAUACUGAUACAAUAUCUGAAAGUGAUUGUCAACUUAGUUUUAAUGGAGCGAGUUGCUCUGUAAAUACAAAAGAUAGAGAUCAUUCAGAUGUAUCCCAUGACAUUCAAACACAAAAUAGUGAUGCUAUAGAUACAAUGAAAUGCCCGGGUGAAACAGUUUCAGAUAAGGAGAAAAAAGUUAAGCUUGUUUUACAGAAAAUGAAAACAUCUAUUGUAAAAUCAGAAGAUUGUGACUUUAUUGGGUCACCAGCCAGGCCAUGUUGGAUAGUGAAAAGGAAUGAAAUGAAAGUGACUCCUCUAAAAGUUACAUGUAAUAAUAAUGGAAACAAGGUAGAAAAGGUGAAAAGUUAUAAUGUAAAUAAGACUUUUGACAUUUACUGUGAAAACCAAAGCUAUCAGACAUUAGAAAAAUCAGUGAGUAAGGACGCUGAAUCUGGAACAAAAGGAAAAGAGCUUAAAAAAACUGAAUAUGAUAAGGACGGACCAGGUUUUAGGAGCAAAAUAAAUAAAAAUGGUGAGAGUGUUGAAGACAGAAGAAAGAAUGGUACUAAACUGAAGGCAGAAACUAAACAAAGUAAAAUAAAUCAGUUACAAAAUAAAGCUGCUUAUAUAGAUGUACCAAAUGAAUUUGAAAAAGCUCUAUGGAAUGAUCAUACAGUUAAAAGGAAUGAAAGAGGUAAAAAGAAGGCGACUACAAAAAAUAGAACUAUACAGGAGGAUCAAACUAUUGAAAAAAUACAAGCUCAGAAUAAGAUGAUGUUACUUCAAAGGAAAAAUGCUCAUAAAUCCACCUCUCAAAAGUCUACAGUACAACAUUUUCAGAAGUCUAAAACUGCACAAAUGAUUUACAACAAACACCAGAGGAAGAGUUUUGAUGACGAAUUACCUGAUUUUUCAGCAACUAAAUUGGAUUUAGGAAAUCUGCCACCACUUAGUGUGUCUCAGAAGGACAAAUCUUUAAAAAAAGAUACAAAUAAAGAUAGUACUAUUCUGUUUUACAAGAAAGAAUUAAGUUUAUCAGAAACCAGUUCUAGUCAAUCUGACUCACCAUUAAAAUCAACUGCAACAGAGACAGGUGCUGGUUAUAAUUCAAAAUUAGCAGGUGAUGUAAUUGAUGGUAAAAGAAAAAUAGAUGAAAAUGUUCAUAAAGAAACAUUGACAUUUCCAAGAAGCUCAAAACAAUUAAACAUUUCUGCUGUAGACACUAGAAGUAUUUUUACAAAUCUAGAUGCUGCAAUACCUGAAGCAGGAGGUAUUAAAUGUCAUAAAACAAAUUGUAAUUUUGGUGCAAAGAUUGAAAUGUCCAACAAUUUCCGAGGAGAAAAUUAUAGAGAAGAUUUGAAAGAUUUGAAAAAGGAAUUAGAAAUGAUAGUGAUGAAAAAAGACAACAUGAUUGUUAAUGAACUUCAGAAGUCUUUUAAUCCUAGUUUAGCUUUUACGUCUUCUUGGAGGAAAGAGAACAGUGGAAAUAACUCAAUAUCAGUUCUGCCUUCCUUUUCCGAAACUUUCAGUAAAAAGACACAUAUACCUGCAAGUAUGAAUCAAACGUUUAAUGGUUUUACAAUAUACGAAAGGAAUUCAGGUUCCAAUACAACGGAAAUUUCCACCAGAACAGAUUCUAGAUACUCUGACCAUGAUUCAGCAUUUACUGAACUGUCAGAACAAGGAGCGGACAUUGAUUCUCCUUCAGAGUCACCUCAUCUGUCUGUGUUUUGUAGACUUGGUAAACGAAAGAGUUCGGAGGACAGUACUAGUACCAUUUUUCCUGUACAAGAGUCGGUGACGGUACCUACAGAGGAUGGUGAUAUAUCACCUAUAUACAGCCCUGAAGUCCUGAAACCUACAUCUGAAAAAGAUCGGGAAGAAAAUAGAAAUGAUUUCUCGAGUACGCCAGCUUUGAAGUUGACCAAUUUGAAGUCAAUGUUUGAUGAUACACAAGGGCAUGCUUUGGAUAUUUCACAUAUCAGUCAAUGCUCAUCAACUGAUAUUCAGGAUGAAGUGAAGGCUCAAGAGGUGUCACAGUUACAACAAUUGACUGCUGUAAGUGAUGUUGCUGCUGUUGAAUCAAAGCCAAAACGCAGGAAAAUCAAAAGACUUGAGAUACCAGAACCAGUGUCAAUGGCAACAUGUGGACAAGCAAAUAAAGACAAUUGUUAUGAUACACAGCUAUCAUCAAUGAUGAUCAUAUCAGCAGAUUGCAGUCAAAUUGAUCUCAGUAACUUAGAAAAAACAACUUUUAGGAAAGCUAUGCCUGAAGGUAAAUUAAAAGAGAAUUAUACUGUGGUGAAUGAAGAUUGUGGAAUAAGUGUUGAAUCAGUAAGUGAAAAAAUGAGAAUUCCCUUGCGGAUUUAUGCUAUAGAAAACAACGCAGAAAGUGCUUUAGAAAACAAUGCAGAAUGUGCUAUAGAAAACAAUGCAGAAUAUGCUAUAGAAAACAAUGCAGAAAGUGCUAUAGAAAACAAUGCAGAAAGUGCUAUAGAAAACAUUGCAGAAAGUGCUAUAGAAAACAAUGCAGAAAGUGCUAUAGAAAACAAUAUAGAAAGUGCUAUAGAAAACAAGAAAGAAAGUGCUAUAGAAAACAAUAAAGAAAGUGCUAAAAUUAACCAGAAUGAAAGUACAGAACAUUAUGAAGAAAGUGAUGAAGAUAACAUCAUGCAGAAGCUGAGGGUGAUAACAAUGAUAAUGAGAUAA